AUGGUGGCCGAAGCACCACCCUCACUGCCCGUAAAGGAGCAAUUCGUUGACAAGGUCCCAAAGCGAUUCAAGGAAAUCAAAUUCGGCAUCCAGUCGAAUCAGGAUAUCGUCAACCAGGGUGUGCUCGAAAUCUCGGAAAAGCAGCUCUACGAUGUCGAAAACAACAGGACGCCGUCGCGUCAUGGCCCUCUUGACCACCGACUUGGUACCUCGAGCAAGACGGCCGAAUGCCAGACGUGCGCUCAGCAAUUGCAGAACUGCAAUGGCCACUUCGGCCAUGUCCGGCUGCCCCUCCCAGCCUUCCACAUCGGCUAUCUUCGGUUUAUACAAAUGAUUCUCCAAAAUAUCUGCAAGGACUGCGCGCGUGUACUCUUGACCGAACCGGAGAGGCGGAAGUUCUUGUCUGAAUUGAGGCGACCUGGCAUUGACAAUCUGCGAAGAACCGGAAUCUGCAAGAAAAUCAAUGAGCAAUGCAGGAAGGUCAAGAUAUGCCCGUACUGUGACUCGGUCAACGGUACCAUCCGGAAGAUUGGCGUUCUGAAGCUCGCGCACGACAAGUUCGUUACAUUCAACAAGUCAAACGCCCUUAGGAAACAGCCGCCAGUUAGCAAGAUAGUCUUUGACAACUCGUUCAACUAUGCCAAGAAAUCGGUUCCCGAACUUGACAAGCACCUCCGAAAAGCCAUGGAGGAUCUGAACCCCUUGAAAGUCUUGACACUCUUCAAGAUGAUUAGUCCGACUGACUGCGAGCUUCUGGGGCUGGAUCCGUCAGAAGGCAGGCCCGAGAUGUUUCUGUGGCAAUAUCUGCCGGCUCCGCCAAUCUGUAUCCGACCUUCAGUGCAGCAAGAUACCUCCAGUAAUGAGGACGAUAUCACAACCAAGCUGGCUGAGAUUGUCCAUAUCGCAGGUCUGAUCCGUGGUGCUUUAAGCAAAGGUCACCCAAUUCAGACCAUCAUGGAGCAGUGGGAGUUUCUGCAGUUGCAAAUUGCCAUCUACGUCAACAGUGAGGUGCCUGGUCUUGGACAGCCUGGAUUCGGAAAGAUGACUCGAGGCUUCUGCCAGCGAUUGAAAGGAAAGCAGGGACGUUUCCGAGGAAACUUGUCUGGAAAGCGUGUGGACUUCUCUGGGCGUACAGUCAUUGGGCCUGACCCCAACUUAGCAAUCGACCAGGUUGCGAUUCCGAUCCUCGUGGCAAAGAAUCUUACUUAUCCCGAACGUGUCAACCAUAUUAAUAUCGAGAAGCUGAGGGAGUGCGUCCGCAAUGGGCCCACAGUUUGGCCUGGAGCCAAUGCCGUUGUCAAACAAGACGGUGAUGGUGAAUACAAGAUGAACCUCAAGUUCGGUGACCGCAACGACGUUGCCUAUCGCUUGAGGUACGGAGACGUAGUAGAACGGCAUAUCGAAGACGGCGACAUUGUCCUCUUCAACCGACAGCCUUCUCUUCACAAGCUCAGUAUCAUGAGCCACUUUGUCAAGGUCCGGCCUUGGAGAACGUUCCGUCUCAACGAGUGUGCUUGCACCCCUUACAACGCAGAUUUCGACGGAGACGAGAUGAAUCUUCACGUGCCACAGACUGAAGAAGCUCGUACAGAGGCCAUGACCCUCAUGGGCGUCAAAUAUAACCUGGCUACGCCAAAAAACGGAGAGCCCAUCAUUGCAGCCACCCAAGAUUUCAUCACGGCGGCCUACCUUAUUAGCCUCAAGGACGUCUUCUACGAUCGCAAGACUUUUACCUACGUGUGCCAACACAUGUUGAUGGAUGGCAAGGAUUACCUGGACCUGCCACCUCCCGCAAUCUUGAAGCCCCGAGCAUUAUGGACUGGAAAACAAGUCUUCAGCAUGAUGUUGAGGCCAAACAAGGACUCUCCUGUCAAAAUCAACCUGGACGCAAAGUGUCGUGAAUACAAGCCUCGUCCGGGCGAAUGUCCCGACAUGUGCCCUAACGACGGUUGGUUGGUGAUUAGAAACUCGGAGGUUAUGUGCGGCAAGAUGGACAAGUCAAUUGUGGGUGGUGGAAAGAAGGACUCGAUUUUCUACGUCAUUCUUCGUGAUUUCGGUCCGGACCAUGCUGUGAUCGUCAUGAGCAGGCUUGCAAAGCUCUGUGCCAGAACUCUCGGAAACAGGGGCUUCUCCAUCGGCGUCGGCGACGUGUUUCCAACCAUGGAAUUGCGUGCCGAGAAAGAAGUGCUCGUUGCAAACGCGAACCGACAGUGCGACGAGCUGAUUGAGACAUUCAAGGCAGGAAAGCUGCAAAAGGCUGCCGGUUGUGAUUUGGAGCAGACACUGGAAAACUCAAUCUCGGGUCUUCUGAGUAAGGUUCGACAGUUGGCUGGUGCCAAGUGUGUCGAAACACUCAGUCGCAACAACGCUCCUCUGGUCAUGGCCAAGUCCGGUUCCAAAGGUUCCGAAAUUAACGUCGCGCAGAUGGUGGCUCUGGUCGGUCAGCAAAUUAUUGGAGGCCAGCGUGUGCCUGAUGGUUUCCAAGACCGCAGUUUGCCGCAUUUCCACAAGAACUCUCGCCAACCCCCUUCAAAGGGUUUCGUGGCAAAUAGCUUCUACUCUGGUCUGCUUCCCACCGAGUUCCUCUUCCACGCUAUCUCGGGUCGUGAAGGUCUGGUCGAUACCGCUGUCAAGACUGCCGAGACUGGAUACAUGUCAAGGCGAUUGAUGAAGUCGCUCGAAGACUUGUCGACUCAGUACGAUGACACUGUCAGGACGUCUGGUGGAGGUAUUGUCCAAUUCCAGUUCGGUGCCGACAAGCUGGACCCGGUGGACAUGGAGGGUUCGGCGGUGCCGGUGCAUUUCGAUCGGACAUGGACACAUGCCGAAACGCUGAGUUGGGACAACGAGGAGAAGUCACUGUUGCCUUGGGAGGUUCUGCAAGUCUGCGAUCAAGUCAUUGAAACUCAGCGCCAACGCUAUGUGCGGCGAGAUCUGGUUGACCGAAGCAAAAUUCUUGACUACGAGGACCAGAGGGAUCUCAGCAUCGACGAGCACGAAAGUGCAAGAGGUUUCUGGAAGACCGUGUAUAGUUAUGUGGAGGGCCGUGCCAAUAGGCUGGAGAGGAUCCGGAAGCGGAUUGGUCUAUCCCCUGGAGGGGUUGACGAUAGAACAGCCGAUGAUUCCAAGGCGGAUAUGCAACGAGUCGCCCAAGUGAAUCGUGUCGCCAAGAUAUCUCACACCACGCUGAUCAAGUUCCUGAGGCUCUGCCAGGAGAAACACGAGCGAGCCAAGACGGAGCCGGGGCACGCUGUGGGUGCGGUAGGGGCGCAGUCUAUCGGAGAACCCGGUACGCAGAUGACGCUGAAGACAUUCCAUUUCGCCGGUGUCGCAGGAAUGAGUAUUACUCAGGGUGUACCUCGUAUCAAGGAAAUUAUCAACGCCUCCAAGCUUAUCAGCACGCCCGUUAUUACGUGCCCGCUACAGAACAAUAAGCAAAUCGAGGCUGCCCGCGUCGUCAAGGGUCGUAUUGAGAAGACGUACGUCUCGGAUGUUCUCAGGUUCAUCGAAGACGAAUGGAAGGCAGACACCGGCUCGGUGGUGCUACAAAUUGACAUGGGAGCUCUGCAGGACAUGCACCUGGGCAUUGGCCUGCCAGAAAUUGCUGAAGCCAUAUGCAAACACAAGAAGCUCAAGAUUGAGCCCGAUGAUUUGAGAUUGAGCAGCGACAGCGUCGAGAUUGUGGUUCGCAACACGUGGGCUGAUACAGCUGCCGCCAAAAAGGCAGCGAGGAGUCGAACGACAACGGAAGACAGUCCUGACCUGCUACUGCGCGUCAAUCACCUCCGCCGGGUGCUGCCUACAGUCCCAAUUUCAGGUUAUCCCGAGGCGGCGCGAGCAAUCAUUCAGACAUCGGAGAAGAACGAGCACAAGGUGCUGGUGGAAGGGUACGGUUUGCGGGAAUGCAUGACCACUGAAGGUGUCAUCGGCACCCAGGUGAUAUCCAACAACGUCAUGGAAGCCCGUGACAUUUUGGGCAUCGAGGCGGCGCGUUCUACCAUCGCCACCGAAAUUGGAUCCGUCAUGGGAGACAUGGGUAUCGACCCUCGGCACAUGCAGUUGCUGGCCGAUGUCAUGACUUAUAAGGGCGACGUGCUUGGAAUCACACGUUUCGGUCUGAGCAAGAUGCGUGACUCGGUAUUGCAGCUGGCGUCUUUCGAGAAGACGCCGGAUCACCUGUUCGCCGCAGCAGCGGGUAUGAAGACGGACAAGAUCGAGGGUGUCAGCGAGUGCAUCAUCAUGGGUCAGACCAUGAGCGUGGGCACAGGCGCUUCCAAGAUUGUGAGGGCGCUGAACCUCAAGCCAGACGAUUGCAAGCCGAGGCCGACGCUGUUUGAGGAUGCGUGGAGCCAGAUUACGGGAAAGAAAUAA